AGGAAAUUUUCUGGGCAAAAUAUAAAAAAAGUCUAGCCGAUCGAGUGUUCUCACCUGUGAAUUCACGCAUGAUCUUUGACGGUGCCCCAUUCGCAAAGCUGAAGCAACAAGCCGGCGCCAGCAGCCGCCAUUUUUCCCCAUCCCCAGUCCAGUUAGAAACGCCUCGCGUAUCGUACGUGCGACGAUGUCUUGCAACGUUGACGCGAUCGUGACAAAGAAUCUUACUUUCCGUGUUUAUAAUAGUUUUAUAUUCAUUUAAAACUUGUUGUGUUGGUCUAAAAUAUUUUAUUUAUUCAUCCACGAACUAGGAGUUUAUUUUAUAACAGUUUUGUUCAGUGCAAAAGUAAUUUGAAUUGUUACGGUCAGUUAUUGUGGACCGUGGUACUUGUGAUUUUGUGUUUCGAACUGGAUUCUGAUUGGACAUUCAUUAGAUUUGGAACUUCGGAGACGAGUACCAUAUCGUUACAGAUAGAGUGGCCAUGUAGCGCUUCAUCAACUCUUCACGACGACAGCUACAUCACAUCCUCGUGAGGGCAACAGCGUCGCCAAACUGGAUUUCCUUUGACUUCACCGCCAUGGAUUCUGAGAGUCGGAGCGAGUCGGCUCUCAACAGCCCAACUGAACCAGAUAUAUCGCUUGCAGCCUCCCUCACCGAUCCGCUGGAGGCCCAUACCCUUGAUGAUGCUCGAAGAACCAUCAGAGACCUUCGGAUGAAAUACCGUGCGCAGGCCCACCAACUUCUAACAUGGCGCCGCUCACAACGAACUCAAGAAGAACUAGUCACACGUUUGCAACGAGAAAAGGCUGAACAACUCAAAUCACUUUCCAGCCAACUCCUCUUAUUCGAAUCGCGAUUGGUUCGCAAACAGAAGGAGAUAACCAACAUGCUUGCCUUGCGGGAGACAAUUAUCAUGAAGCAACAAAAAGUAAUCGAAUCCCUUCAAUCUAAACUACUCGAUAAUGGUAUCGAUACAUCGCAAACUAUUCCAGACUUUAGAGAUAUGUUACAAGAUACACAUAUCACUGGCGACUUUGAUUCUCUAAACGAUUCCGAUUCAGCUGUUAUAAUGGAAGAUGUCGAUUCCGAUUGCAGUAAUCUGCCAAAUGUGCCGAGAUUCAGGUCAGCUAAUCCUGACAGCGUUACUAUAGUUCGAUCGAUCUCAGAUGCUAUAGAUCCAAACUUGAAGUAUAACGUGGUUAGGCGUUCGAAUGGAUUUUUGCGAAGACCAGAAAUCUUAGAGACAGUUUACAGCGUAGAAGAAGAGGUCGACGGGGAUUCUACAAAAGGUUUGAGCGCACAGAAUAGUACUGAAAAGGAAUUAAAAGAUUUCAACAAAACUGAUGAGCAAAAGUAUCAGGAAACUAGUCUUCUAGCUCAGCGGCGAGACAAUUUCCGCAUGAGAAGUGUAGUUUUAACGGGUGAUGUGAAGAGUAUAGAUAAUGAUAAAGAUGGUAAGGCCAAGAGUAACAGUGAAUUGUGGUCGUAUAGCUAUGUGCCAAAAAGAAUGAUGCCACCUAACGACUCGGAUGAGGAAGUCACUUCCAAUCCUGAAAGUGAUGAAGGGGAGACGGAACCGCCACCAAACCAUGUGGUUACUUAUAAUAGAGUCAUGUCAAAUCACAGAAAUGUGACUAAACCGAAAGAUGUUAAGUACAAAAGGAUAAAUAAAGCAAAGUCUAAAAGCUUGGAAGAAUUGCGGGGAAGACUAAAGAAUUGGGUAGAAAAGGGAAACAAGUUAUCGGAUAUACCUCUGGAGCAUGCGCAAAGCUAUGCCUGAAUGAUUUUAUCAAGUUCCUUUAUUUAUCUUUGUGUGAAAUUCUUAGAGAAUGAACCGCUUAACCUUUAGUCACAAUGCGAAAUUCUCCAAGCUAUAAAUUUCGUUAAAGGCGCACCAGUGACCGCUUCAUUCCGCUGAAGAUAAGCGCAUUUACAAUUAGAAUUUUAAAGUGACGUCUCCCACGUCUCAUCUUAAUUCUCGCCAGAAUGGUUUUUUUGUGUAAUUGUCGAGUGAUAUUAUUCUUAAUAUGCCAAAUUGUGUGUUUUAUGAGGCUUGUGUUUUGGAGUCAAAUUAAAACACAAUUUAAUGUUAAUUCAAAAGUAUUAGUAGUGCGUAGUAGAAGCAAACUUUUUGAAUAAUGGACAGCUUUGGAUGUUAUAAAAAGAUUUGAAAUUUCACCGUAAUAAUUUUCUGAAUUGUGUAUUUACAUCGUUACUCGCACACGUAUACAAUUGUUAAGAAGUAAGAUUAAACUAUUAGCUAGAGUAUAAAAUAAAACAUAUUUUUAAAUCAUUUCCCAUUACAAUUUUCAUACCCAUACAUGCAAUUUAUUUCUACAUGUCAGGUAGAUACUUAAUAUUUUACACUGUACGGAGGUUUAUCUAAGAGGGGUCUCUCCGUCACUCGCUUCAUACAAACGUAGUUUCAAUUACAUUUGAAUAUUAAGCA